UAGACUUUGCGUGCGCGUGAAUGCGCGAGUUUUCUAAACAUUUUGAUACUUCAAUAAAAUGUUUUGAAAUUUUUAAAGUGGUAGAUAUAUUUCUGGACUCUCUUCGUAGUUGGCUAUUAUAAAAAUCUCGGACGAAUGAGAAAAAUGCAAUGGUAUUGAUAUCAGAGGCAAAUGCUAAAAAGAUGAUUGAGAACGCUGAAAGCACAGUGGCACCACUUUUAAAUGGGUUGACGUUUGUAAAACAUUGGUAUUAACGGUUCCGAACUAGGCUAGUUAUUUAUGUGAUAUUUUUUUUCUAUCAACGGCUGCAAAAUGAGUUUUACCGCAUUAGCAACAAUUUCGGAGUUUUGACGUUGGACGUUAUAUUUUAUACGUCAUUAUAUUAUGAUGUCACAAAGGGAAGCUGACCGUUUUAUAAAAUAGCCUCAAACAUCAGCGUAUUAGCCAAUCAAAAUGCAAAUUACAAAACGACGACAGAAUCCGGUACCCUACAUUUAGAUGGAGGCCGAGGUGGUCCGAGUGCAUGACUGCAGUAUUUAUGACGUUGAAAUUAACCGUCACACAUGACGUUGUAAUAUACAAUGAAUUUGGCGUUAAUCGCGUAAAAUGGAGAUAAUAGGACGGAAUUUAGUUCUUUUACUCUCAAUUAUUGGAUCCUACGUCAAACUGUGUUACUGUGAUACAAAUCGAACGAAUGUGAAUUUAUACAAUCACCUACUACGCUCGUCAGAAUAUGAUCCCCACUUCAAACCGGUAUGUGGAACCAAUGAACUAUCACUCGUUAAAAUCGGAGUUGCACUGAGAAAUAUUGUCGAUGUGGCAGAGAAGCACCAGAUGAUGCGCUUAAAAAUAUGGGUUUAUUUAGAAUGGAUGGACUGCAAGCUGAAAUGGAAUCCUUCAAAUUUUAAAAACCUGUCUGAUUUGAUGGUGCCCUCUUCCCAUGUCUGGGUUCCGGAUAUUACUUUAUUCGAAGGAGUCAGCGAUGAAGGGCACAUGCCCAAUAUGGAAGAUUUCAGAGCCGAAAUUCACUAUACAGGCAAAAUACGGUUCAAUUUCCCAAGUAUUGUGACAAUCGUCUGCAAAAUGAACGUGGAAUAUUUUCCUUUUGAUCAUCAACUGUGCACAUUAACAUUUGGUUCAUGGAUAUACUCAGGACAAUAUAUUGACUUGGCAAUAAAGGGAAAAGAUGUGAACUUGGAUGUUGCUGACUUUGUGGAGCACAAUGAAUGGGUGGUGGUAGAUAUGAAAGAAGUCAGACACAAUGUAUAUUAUACUUGCUGUCCUCACCCGUUUCCCGACAUAACCGUAUAUAUUCAUAUGAAAAGAAAACCUUUAUUCUAUGUAGUAACCGUAAUUUUUCCCUGCUUUUUGAUUAAUAUGUUAACUUUUACGGCUUUCGUGCUGCCGCCAUUUUCGGGAGAAAAAAUUUCUUUACAAGUUACAAUUUUGUUGUCUAUAACCGUGUUCCUUUUGCUUGUGCAAGACAAAUUACCGUCUUCAUCUGACAAUUUCCCCUGCAUUGCCAUUUACUUUGCAAACAGUAUGGCACUUGUGUGCGUUUCGUGUGUUUUGUCCAGUAUUGUGUUGUACCUCUAUUACAAAUCGCCCGAGGACGACCACAUGUCUCCAUUAUUUCGCGACUUUUUUCUGAACAAAGUCCGGAGGAUGUUGUGUGUUAACACCGAGAAUGACUCGAAAAGUAAUGAGAUUGUUCAGACAAAACUUUUGAGCUUAGAGAUGGAUCAAUGGAAGCAUGAAUCAACUACGAAUAUAAAAUCCCAUCACGGAACAAAAAGAAAAACGAAACAUGGGCACGAAAAGGAUCAUCAUACCACCGAUGAAUGGGAGCUUUUCUCCUACGUAUUGAACCGAUUAUUCAUGUUGGUCUAUCUGUGCUUGACUAUGGCAAACUCUUUCUUUUUUGCUAUAGCUUUAAUAUCCCAUAAUGAUGGAGAUGAAAUGUUCAGAAACUUGUAAUUUUUUAAUGACAUUAAUAAAAUAAAAUUAUUACUAUGGUGUGAUUCAUUUGACUUUACACACCAUAUUCACUGGAAGUUUUCAAAUAUUGACCCAAUAAUUUGGGUGGUAUUUUUUUGAUGUGAAGAGCAUUACAUUGAUACUUGAUUUUAGUACUCAACUACAUGUAUUCUAAAAUCUUUAUUGAGCUGUUAUACAAUAAUAUGUAUAUUUAAGAUUU